AUGUCUCCCACAAUUCGUGUCGUAUUUUUGUCUUUGAUCCUGCCUUCACCACCACCAUCACCACCACCUUCACCACCACUGCCGCCGCCGCUGCUGCCGCUACCAUCGAGAAUGCCCGCCCGUUUGCCCUUCUUGGGUCACCUGAAGCCCCUCCUGGCAAAGUUCCUGGCUCCUUCGGGACCAGGGCUGCCAGGAGGGAGGAUGUCGAAUGCCGAGAUCGAGGAAUUCGACAGGGGCUUCCCCGGCGGUAAGGGGGAGCCCGUAACCGAUGAAGCCUGGGACGCCGCCGUCGCCUCCGCCGCUCCUCCUCCUCCUCCUUCUCCUCCUCCUACCACGCCUCCUCGCAAGAGGCGUCGCGGCCUUCGAGGCCGUAAGAUUCUUCUUUCUUCCCCUUAG